UGUGGUUAGUCAUACAUUAGUUUCUGUAACGAUUGGUUUAAAAUUAAAUAAAAUCUAAUAAAAAUAUUUUUUUAAAUAAUUAUUUUAUGAAACGUAGAUCGGAUUUGUAAAAUAUUGAAGGAGUAAGCAAAGUGACAAAGACAAGAUGUUAAUCCUAAGAAAGUGUGGGGAGUUAUAUAAAUUACUAUUUAAUGAUAUUGUUGAUCCCAGGACAAUGCCAUGGUUUUUAGUUGCGAGACCGUAUCAGAUAGGAACUUUACUGGGUCUAUAUCUUAUGUUUGUAUUAAAAUGGGGCCCGAAAUGGAUGAAACAUCGCCCUGCGUUCAACUUGGACAAAGUGCUCAUAGUAUAUAACGCGGCGCAAAUUGUAGCCUGUCUUUACAUUUUUGUUAAUUCUAUAUACCUCGCGUGGGGCUGGAAAUACAAAUGGAUUUGUGAACCUGUCGACUAUUCAAACACACAAGAAGCAAUAUAUAUUGCUUGGAUUUGUUAUUUAUAUUUCCUGUUGAAAGUUGCCGAUCUCUUAGACACGGUAUUUUUCGUGUUACGCAAGAAAUUCAACCAGGUAACAUUCCUGCAUAUUUAUCAUCAUACUGGCAUGGUGUUGUUAACUUGGGGAAACAGCAAUUAUUUGGCAGGUGGACAUGGAACAUUUAUAGGUGUAAUUAAUUCGUUCGUGCAUGUAAUAAUGUACUCAUAUUAUCUACUGACUGUCAUCAAGCCGAGUGCUAAACAGUCAUUCUGGUGGAAGAAAUACAUAACCCAACUGCAGAUUCUUCAAUUCUUCUGGUGCGUAGUCCACAUGGCCAUAAUAGUCUUCAAGCCUGAUUGUGCCUACCCCCGAUGGACAAGCGCUUUAUUCCUUCCUCAAAAUGUGUUCAUGCUUAUUCUCUUCAUUGAUUUCUACAUCAAAAAUUAUAUUAGGAAACCUAAAGAUAAAAGGCAAAUAGAAAAUAAUUGUAAUGGAUCUCCUAAAUAUAACGCAGAUAAAAAUAAUAUUAUAGACCGCUUUCAUAGCACAAGCGAUAAUUUGAAAUACAAAAACGAAUUUAUACUUUUAAAAAGAGGUAAAGAGAGUAAUUUUUAUAAUGCUUUAAAUUCUACUGAAAAAGGAACUAUUAUAUACAGCCAAAAUAGUUAUUUUACUGAUGAAUCCUCAAAUGACAUAUAUGAUGAAAAUUGUGAAGAUACAGGCGAAAAAGUUGGAUAAUUUUUUUUUAUAUUUUUUCCAAUAUUAAAUACUUAUUAGAUUAUUUGUUUAAAGAUAAAAAUAUUUAAU